AUGAAGGUUUGUGUAAAUGUCCAUUUCACCAUUAAUUUCACUGCUAUCUGUACUUAUUUGAUAUUGAGGCAGAAGCAAUCGAUUCAACAAGUCGGGGCGCUUUUCUUGUUGAUUAUUGCAGCUGUUCUUUUAAGUUUCGGCGAAGGGUCGAGCAAAAGGUCCAGUGGUGGCAAUCCUGACCAGAUAUUGUUUCAUGGGAUUAUUCCUGUGUUGGUUGCUUCUGUGCUUUCGGGUUUGGCAUCCUCUCUGUGUCAAUGGGCCUCCCAGGUUAAGAAGCACUCGUCGUACUUGAUGACUGUAGAGAUGUCUAUUGUUGGAAGUUUGUGCGUGUUGGUGAGUACUGCUAAGUCUCCCGAUGGAGAAGCUAUCAGAAAACAUGGACUUUUCUAUGGAUGGACUCUACUGACUUGGGUAAUGAUCAUAUUGAAAUUUCAUGCUUCCCUCUAUUUUUUGUAUAUUAGCUUGAUUCCUAAGUUUUAUCUAACAUGGUUGCAUGGGUUUGUUAUUGUUUCUGCGCUUCUUGUUACGGCUUUGCUGCAGUUCAUUUUUUAAGGGAAACCACCUUCAUUGUAUUGUCUGGCAUCUCUUCCCCUCAUGGUUAGCAGCAUUUCGAUAUACCAGAAAUAUCCUUACCAAGUUAAAAAGAAAGAAUCUUAAAAUCCUAACCAUUGUGACAUCAGGGACUUCUUAUUUUGGCCCUGAUCACAAAGAAUUUUCAUUAGUUCAACUGAAACAAUUUCAUAUACCAUUAAUUUCAUCAGC